CCGGGUGUCUGUAGAUUCGGGUGUGUCGGGCUCCGGGUGUCUGUAUUUCCGGGUGUUGUCGGCUCCGGGUGUCUGUAGAUUCGGGUGUUGUCGGGCUCCGGGUGUCUGUAGAUUCGGGUGUGUCGGGCUCCGGGUGUCUGUAUUUCCGGGUGUUGUCGGCUCCGGGUAACAGUUACUUUCUGUUCUCUCUCUGCUCCUCCCAGUUCUAGUAAGUAUCCAGUAAGUGAAAGUGAAAGCGUUACGGAGAGGAGACGCCCGAGAGCCCUACACCCGGAACAUGGAGACCAAAGAUCACGGACUACAGAGCCCGCACCCCGGAGAACAUCCACCGAAUAACGGGUCCAAGAAAUCAGGAGGAGAAGAAAACUGUGAAGUGCAAGAGAUCGACCCAUCCACCUACUGCGUCUGCUUCCAGGACCCUGAGGCUCAGGACAGGGUGCUCAAUAAGAAGGACCAUGUGAUAGAAUCCAUACCUGUCCAGGUGACGACUGGACGGGACAUGAAGGACCACAAAUCCCACCAAACCCAACAAUCCUCCAAGACAUCGAAGCGUUUAGAUCUCUACACUAAAGAUAGUGGAGGGAACGAUUACAGAGAGCCGGGGCGCCCCAAAUUUCCAGAAGGCAAUGAUCAGUCCGUCUCACACCCGGCCGCCAACAUCAGGACGAAUCGUCCCAGCAGCGAUGUCAGGGCAGAGCAUCUGAGCUCCCACCUCCCAGAGAUCUUUACUGAAACAGCUGCAAGAUUGGACCAAGACUUGAUCAAUAAGGAGAUCUUACAGGAAAUCAAACGCAACUUUACAUCCUUGAAUAUAAUUGAGUUUAAAGCCGAUGUUGAAUUCAAGGGAAGCUUUAAGGCAAUAGGAAUGUUGCAUAAUUUCCUUCAGGAGAAGCUCGGGGGUGGAGCAAGAAGAUCAGGGGAGGACGAGGAGCCUGGGGAGGAACUAGACGACUGCUUGAAUCUUCAAACAGAUUUAUAUGAUCAUUUUGCUGACAUUUACAGAGAGGAUUUGACACAGAUCAGGAAUCGAUAUAAUGUGGAGGUUAUAGAGGUCAGGAAAUCCAAGGAUAUCACUUAUAUAAAAAUAAAUCCUCUGAAACAAGGUGCCUCAGUGGAACGAGCAAAGCAAAUCUUUAUUGAUAAGAUCCAGGCUGUAACCAAGGACUGGCAGCAGAAGGAAGCCCCGAGAUCGGCCAUGAAAGGUUCACUCGAAGACACCAGACGGUACAUGAAAGAACAUCAUAAGACCUCGGUCAUAGUGAACGGAGAUCUCCUUAUUCUUCGUGGACCUGAACGGGAAUUGACCUCAGCAGUAGAAGCUUUACAGAGGGGAGAAGGCCGAUCUCUGCUCCCUCGCAAGGUCAUAACCAUCACAUCUAUGGACAACAGGAGUGAGGUGAUAGUAGACACCAGGCACGUGGACAUUUUGAGGAGACUAAAGUUCCGAGAGCUUGAGGAGCUCCAGCAGAAGUUUGGUGUGAGGAUGGAUGAAGACCAGAAAGGCAGCAAGGACAGCAAUGUGACUGUCAGAUUCAGAGCCAUGAACGGGUCUCCCGAUCUGGGAGCUCAUGCCUGUCACAGCUUCACCAGCCUCCUGCAGAGCACCAUCAUGAACCUUCAGAGAAGAACCCUCCGUGGGAACUUUGAUGAAGAUAAACUCGCGGAGUUCCAUAAGAAGCUGCAGAAGGAUGGUUUAGAGGUUACUCUGGACUGUGACAAGAGCUCGGUCACCCUCAUCGCUUCUCCAAUCCUUCUGGACGUCGCGGAAGACAAUCUUCGGCAGUUUUUUAAGAUAAAAGACAUCGGUGAAGCUGCUGCCUCUGGAGGUAACAUAAAAAAGGCAAUGGACACUGGCAAGAAUGCCGACACAAAGACAGAGGAGGAGCGGUGUCCUAUCUGCCUGGAACAGAUAAAAAACAAGAAAGUUCUAAAAUGUAAACAUGAAUUCUGUGAUCCCUGUCUCCAGCUAUCUUCACAAGUGAAGGCAGUCUGCCCGGUGUGUGCUGUCCCAUUUGGUGUCGUCUUAGGGAACCAGCCGGAUGGGAAGAUGACGCAUACAACUUCUAGCGUCACCCUGCCAGGAUAUUCUGGAUGUGGAACCAUAGUAAUCAAUUAUAGCAUCCCGGGAGGUGUUCAGCAGAAAAACCAUCCAAAUCCUGGAACGCGGUUCUCUGGCACUACCCGCACGGCGUACUUACCAGAUAACAAGGAGGGGAGGGAAGUCCUGGGUCUGCUGAGGAAAGCCUUCAAUCAGAAACUGAUCUUCACCGUGGGGGAAUCUCACACAUCAGGCGCCAAAAACACCGUGACCUGGAACGAUAUUCAUCACAAAACCAACAUGAUCGGGGGCCCAACAGGGUUUGGGUAUCCGGAUCCUAAUUAUCUGAAGAGAGUCCGUGAGGAGCUGAAAGCCAAAGGAAUCGAGUGAAGGGAUUUAGAAAUCUAUAAGAAAUCGCUGCUGAUAAUUUAGUUCAUAUAUAUAUAUUAAAAAUCCAAAAAUAAGCAGCACAUCAAGAAAGAUCAAGGUCUGUAGGCAGGGUGCACGCAUGCUGGAGCCACGGUCCUCUGGUUCCUUAGUAAUAGUAGUAGUAGUAAUAUGCAGCA